AUGAGGCUGGUUCUCCCAAACCCUGGUCUUGAUGACCGAAUCCCGUCUCAUGCGGACCUGGAGAGGAUGGAGAAGGAGGAGGCAGGGGACAGGCCCAAAUGGGACAACAAAGCCCAGUACCUGCUCACCUGUGUGGGCUUCUGCGUGGGACUUGGCAACGUCUGGAGGUUCCCUUACCUGUGUCAGAGCCACGGAGGAGGUGCUUUUAUGAUCCCUUUUCUUAUCCUGGUGGUCCUGGAGGGGAUCCCGCUGCUGUACCUGGAGUUCGCCAUCGGCCAACGCCUCAGAAAGGGAAGUGUAGGGGUUUGGUCUGCAAUCAGCCCCUAUUUGGCUGGAGUUGGUGUUGCGUCCAUGACUGUCUCCUUCUUAGUGGGCAUGUACUACAACACCAUCAUCGCCUGGGUGAUGUGGUAUUUCUUCAACUCUUUCCAGAGCCCCCUGCCAUGGAGCCAGUGUCCUCUCAAUGACAAUCUCACAGAUCUAGUGUCUGAGUGCAAACGCAGCUCUCCAGUGGACUACUUCUGGUACAGAGAGACGUUGAACACCUCGGUGACUAUAGAGGACGCCGGGGGUGUGCAGUGGUGGAUGGUGCUGUGUUUGGCGACUGCUUGGAGUGUGCUCUAUAUCUGCUGCAUCAGAGGGAUUGAGACCACAGGCAAGGCUGUAUACGUCACCUCCACUCUGCCAUACGUGGUCCUCACCAUCUUCCUCAUCAGAGGACUGACCCUGAAAGGAUCGGUAGAUGGAAUCAAGUUCCUCUUCACGCCAGAUCUAGAUGAGUUGGUGAACCCGGCAACGUGGUUGGAUGCAGGAGCCCAAGUGUUUUACUCCUUCUCUCUGGCUUUUGGAGGUCUCAUCUCAUUCUCCAGCUACAACUCUAUUCACAACAAUUGUGAGCAAGAUGCUGUUAUCAUCUCUCUUAUUAAUGGAUGUACUUCUAUAUAUGCCGCCACUGUCAUCUACUCCAUCAUCGGCUUCCGGGCAACGGAGCAGUUUGAUGCCUGCCUUCAUGAAAACAUCCUGUUGCUGCUAAAUGCGUUUGAUCUCUCUGAGGGGACGUUCACAGAGGGCAACUACGAUGAAGUUCUGCAGAAUCUCAACAGCACGAUCUCGGGGUCAGAGGUCAUUCAGGGGCUGGACCUCAGCACCUGCAACCUCAGGACCUUUCUUAGUGAAGGAGUGGAGGGAACCGGUCUUGCCUUCAUUGUGUUCACAGAGGCCAUCACAAAGAUGCCUGUUUCUCCUCUUUGGUCCGUUCUCUUUUUCAUCAUGCUCUUCUGUCUCGGGCUCUCCACCAUGUUUGGAAGUAUAGAGGGAGUCGUGGUCCCCCUGCAGGACCUACAAAUAUUUCCUAAGAAUUGUCCUAAAGAGGUGCUCACAGGAGUCGUAUGCCUUGUGUCCUUCUCGAUUGCGCUCAUCUUUGCUCUGCCGUCUGGAAAUUACUGGUUAGCCCUCUUCGACAGCUUUGCAGGCUCCAUCCCGCUGCUCAUUAUCGCCUUCUGUGAGAUGACUGCCGUGGCCUACCUGUAUGGAAUGGACAGGUUUAACAAAGACAUUGAGUUCAUGAUUGGACACAAACCCAACAUCUUCUGGCAGGCGGCGUGGAGAGUGGUCAGCCCUUUGAUCGUUUUGGUCAUCUUUGUGUUUUACUUUGUCACCAAAGUCAACUCUGAACUCACAUACCUCACCUGGAAUCCAAACUCGGAAAACUUCCCCGUAUUGGAGGUGAUACCCUAUCCUAGCUGGGUCUACAUUAUCAUCUUCCUUUUGGCUGGACUUCCAGGUCUUUUUAUCCCAGGAUUUGCUUUAUUCAAAUUAUUCCAAAGAUGCUGCUGCAAGAAAAACAUAAAUAUCCUUGAGCUCAACACUGUAUCAGCCAAAGUCAACAUGUAUGACAAUCAAUAA